AUGGACAAACGUUCGGUGCGAGCACCCCAUGCUAGGACGACAUCGAUAAGCUUGCAACAGCCGGGCAAGAGGGCCACCGACCGGCUGCCAACUACUGACGAGUUUGACAAUGAGGACGAGAGUAGCGACGCCGAGUCCCUGAAGUCGAAGGGUGGCGACUCCGACAACCCGACAUGGAUGUCGCUACCCCGGAAGGACCAGCUGGCGAUCCUUUUUCUAAGCCGCCUAGUUGACUUCCUGCAAGUCGCUUCGCUGCAGGCGUACGUGUUCUAUCAGCUGAAAAGCCUCGAUGGCACGCUGUCCGACGCCCAGGUCUCAAGCCAGGCCGGCAUCUUACAGGGCGCCUUCACUGGUGCGCAGGUCUUGACGGCGUUUUUAUGGGGCAAAGCUGCCGAUGCUAGCUGGUGCGGACGAAAACGCGUGCUACUCAUCGGGCUCCUUGGAACCGCCAUAUCGUGUCUGGGCUAUGGGUUUGCGACUAGCUUUGCCUGGGCGGUAUUUUGGCGUGCAGCUGGUGGUGGCAUCAACGGCACCGUUGGAAUCAUACGGACCAUGAUAGCCGAGAUCACCGUAGAAAGAAAGUAUCAAUCCAGAGCGUUCUUGAUAUUGCCGAUCAGCUUCAGCGUGGCAAAUACACUAGGACCUUUAAUGGGUGGCUUGCUGGCAGAUCCGGUAUCGACGCUUCCUCAAUACUUUGGCGAAGAUGCCGUCUUCGGCUUUGACUGGAUUGAAAAGUACCCCUAUGCCCUCCCUAGCGUUCUGAAUGCCGUCACCUUAACCAUCACGACUUUGAUCGUGUUCUUUGCUCUCGAGGAGACAUCGAGCAAGAGAAAGGGCAAGGAAGACGUCGGAUUGCGCCUCGCAGCCCAGAUCAAGGCCAAGUUAUUCGGCAAACCCGCUGUCCAGGAUGGUGGCUAUUACAAGCUGCAGACACUGGAUAGCCUCGACACUCUAUUAGGGAGUGGCAAGGAAAGCGACGAGUUCUCCCCUCCCGUAGUCCACGCACCGAAGAAACGGCAAUCGUUACCGUUCCGCCACGUGUGGACGCGAAACGUCAUAUUCACUCUCAUCACCGAAGCGUUUUACGACUUCCAGCUCGGCGCCUUCACCAACUUAUGGACGCUCUUCCUCUCCUCGCCGCGCUCUUCGCCCAUCGAGGCCGCGUCUCGUUCACUCCCGUGGGUGUUCACGGGGGGGCUGGGUAUGCCCGCGUCGACCGUCGGCGUUGCCACGUCUAUCCUAGGCAUACUGGGCAUGGCGCUGCAGAUCUUCCUGUAUCCCCCGGUGCACGCGCGCCUCGGGACCCUGCGCGGCUUCCGGUGGUUCCUGCCGCUCUUCCCCGUCUCGUACUUCCUCGCGCCCUACCUCGCCAUCCUCCCCUCGACAUCCGAACCACCGGCGCCUGCGUCGGGCCCCGCGAUCUGGAUCUACAUGACGCUGGUCCAGUUCCUGCAGGUCACGGCGCGCACGAUCACGCUACCCGCUAGCAUCAUCCUGCUGAACAACUGCAGCCCGCACCCGAGCGUCCUGGGUCUCGUCCACGGCCUCGGGCAAAGCGUGUCGGCGGGCUUCCGGACGGUAGGCCCGGUCGUCGGCGGGUGGUGGUAUGGCGCGGGCUUGGAAGCCGGGAUGGUGGGCGCGAGCUGGUGGGCCGUCGCGCUUGUGGCGGCUAUGGGCUGCAUGUCCGCCAUGCUUGUUUACGAGGGAAGCGGCCAUGAAAUCCUGCUUGACGGCGAGGCGGAUGAAGAUAUCCAGGAAUAGACAGAC